CAGGUGCUAGCAUGCAAACAGAGGAGCAAGGAGGGAGGAAGUUGCAGUUAGCCAAAUGAGAUGAGCCCUUUGACAUUCACACCACAGGGCAGGUGAUCCAGGAUCCGCAUCCGAAAUGUGUGACACACAGCAAAUAGCUCCCGCGGGCAAGUUCCACUGCCAAUAACAAAAAGCCGCUUCCUUCGUCCAACGUCAACCGGCGAAAACCAACAAAGCGCCAUUGAGGCAGCUCGCGUGAGAUGUGCCGUAAAAUAUGACGCUCUUUAAGAAAUCAACGGAAACAGAGGAAGGCUCAGUGGAGUCAGGCCCAGCCGAGGUGUGGAUGGACCUCACGCACCUCGAAUGGACGCAAUGGAAAGGCGAGAAAGAGCCGUGGAGCCAGAAGACAUGGCGGAUGUCUCGAGCAGCCUUUCAAACCUUGCAGUGCAGUCCUCCAACCAGCAGGGGGAAGAGGGAGCCCUCUCCAGUGUUAACUAGCAAAUAAGGUUAUUUAAGGAGGUAGCGCACAGGUGUAGGCCUCGAUCACUAACGAGCUGCCGUCGCCAUGUUGCUGCCUCUUGCUGCGCUUCUCUUCUGGGCCACCCUUCCACAUGCGGGCCGUUGCGUGCCGUUGCCGCUCCAGGACGAAGAUUUGCUCGCUGAUGCAGUCGAGUACACCGAGAAAAACCCGGAGACGCUCGUAGGCUUGGUGGAUGAAGAUGUGAUGGAAGGUGACAUGCUCGUUUCAUAUGACCGUAACGCAGUGGACAGACGGUGGCCUUCUACACGCAUCCCAUACACCAUCGAUUACACCCUGCGCUACCGCUCUGACGACAUCAAGACUGCCCUGAACAUGAUCUCGCGCCACACCUGCUUGGUCUUCCAACAGCGCACUAACGAGCCUGACUACAUCUUCUUCAAAGUCGCCGUUGGGUGCGCCUCGUACGUGGGCUUCAUGGGCGGCCAGCAGGAACUGCACGUGGGCAUAACUUGCACUGUUGGCAACAUCGUCCACGAGGUCCUCCACGCUCUGGGCUUCUACCACGAGCACACCAGGAUGGACCGGGACAAAUACAUCACCAUCGUGCCUGACAACAUCAUGCGAGGACAUCAGAAAAACUUCUUUAUACAAAGGGGAGAAACUUUCCAGCUCCCGUAUGACCUGCCCUCCAUCAUGCACUACGGCAGCACUUUCUUCUCAAGUAACGGGGAGCCCACCAUCGUGGCCAAGGUGCGGAACAACAACAUGGGCCAGCGCUUUGCCAUGACGCCCACCGACAUCCAGAGAAUUCGUCUCCACUACAAAUGCGACCAAGUGCGCGAGGUGGCGAAACUGUACUGGUGGGAACCUGAAGUCACGCCUGCGCCAGUCUACAAUGUGCACGUGUUUGACAUCAAAGGCCUCCCCCACAAUACCACACAAUCGCCGCUGGGGGGUGCCAGAAACGACAGCUCAGCAGACUCUGGUGUUUAAAUAAAAUGCGCAAUGUGUCGUCGCUUUAA